UUGCGAGGCGUCGUGUGCGGGUCCACUGUCAACAACAUACGUACCAGGGAGCCGUUGAAUGCCGGCAAAACAAACUUUCUUCCCCCGGAGGACCUACGAAAACGACACUGUGAUUCAAAAGUUUCGAGAGGAGCACAAACAAUCGACAGGAUUUGUUUGACCACAAGUCCCAGCCUCCUAAGUGCACCAACUGGAUAGUAAGCCAUGUCAACCAUAGUGCCCAAACUCUCCAGCGGUGGCGCUGUUAAGAUCCGCUUUACCAGCCUUGACCUGGGCACCACUAGAUGGAGAGAGGGAACUUUUGAGAUUCUGGAGAAAGACAACAAAGUCAACCUCUGUCUAAGAUUCAACUGCGGCGGAGCUUCCAAAACUUUCCAGCUGAACCAGAACGUGAAGAACAUUAACCAGAAUUUGAACCGAAUCAUUUUGAAUCUGAAGGACAGCAGUGUCAUCACCCUGGACAAGGUGCCGGUGGCUUUGGCUCAGAAGACUAAAGAAUAUCUGGAAAAGCUAAAGCAGGGAAAGUCAGUUUUAAAGUCCAAUGGAAGUGCAAACCUCAGUGUGCUUGGGAACCGCUCUGUGAAAAAUGAGACCAAUCCAUCAGGGGAGAGACAGAUUCCUAACAUCUUCCAGACAACACCGAGGCGGCAGAGUGCCGAAGGCAGAGAGGACACAACGCCGCGAAAGCCUCUGGGCAGCCCGAGUAGAGCUGCCUCCACUCCCACUCGCACAGGGCUCUCAGAGAAUAGGAGCGACAAGAGAAAGAGACUCCUUACCUCAGACAGUGACAUAACUGAGGACUACCCCAAGGAAAAUGACUCAUCAAGCAACAACAAGGCCACUUCAGAUCCAUCCAGGAAGAUUCUACUGAGCUGCAAAGAUAAGCUGAAGCAGGCAGAGGAGAACAGGAGCUCAGCUCCACUGGGUUCAAGUCCCCUCCAGCCAACGUCGUUCUAUGGCAGCCGAUCCGUGACUAAAGACUAUAGCCAGAGCCACUCUUUCCUGGACAGGCCAUCCAGUACAGCACAGACCACUGCUGCUAAGAGAAGCCUCCUGCUGCCCAAUCACUCCACUCCCUUCAAGAAGGUCCGCCCUUCUCUGGACUACGGCGGCUGGAACAAGCAGAGGCCUUCCAGUCUAGCCCAGCCUCAGCCCCCACUGCAAGGAUUCUCCAACCUGGGCAACACUUGCUACAUGAAUGCCAUCUUGCAGUCCCUCUUCAGCCUACCUUCCUUCUCUAAUGACAUGCUCAGGCAGAGCAUCCCAUGGAAAAAAGUGCCGAUCAAUGCAUUGCUCAGGCGUUUUGCUCACCUCAUGGUCAAGAAGGAUGUGGGCUGUCCAGAGACGAAAAAGGACCUGCUGAGGAAAGUGAAGAGUGCCAUCUCCUCCACAGCUGAGCGUUUCUCUGGAAACAUGCAGAAUGAUGCUCAUGAGUUCCUGAGCCAGUGUUUGGACCAGUUAAAGGACGAUGUGGAGAAAAUGAACAAAAGCUGGACAAAUGAAGCUGCCACAUCAUCAUCCUCCUCUGCAGUGUGUGAGAAUGGCCAGGAAGCAACAUCGUCAGCAUCCAAAGCAGAGCCUGGUGAAGAGGCGGACAUAUCCCGCAUCUACACCUGUCCCGUUGCGGUCAACAUGGAAUUUGAGGUGCAGCACACCAUCACCUGCAAAGGCUGCGGCGAGGUAGUGAGCAAGCGAGAGCAGUUCAAUGACCUGUCCAUCGACCUUCCCCGGCGAAAGAAAACCCUCCCACUUCGCUCUAUCCAGGAUUCUCUGGAUCUCUUUUUUAGGAUGGAGGAGAUUGAGUACUCAUGUGAAAAGUGCAAUGGGAAAUCAGCGACUGUUACACAUAAAUUCAGCAAACUGCCCAGAGUGCUCAUCCUACACCUAAAACGGUACAGCUUUAACGCUCAGUUGUCUAUGAACAGCAAGCUGGGCCAGCAGGUGGUGAUUCCCCGACACCUGACCCUGCUGUCCCACUGCACUGAAUCCACAAGACCCCCUAUUAGUCCCGGCUGGAGUUCCCAAGCCUCCAUUUCCAGAACUCUUAAAACGUCACAGUCAGUCAACUCUUCUACAGCACCUCUCCGAAGGAUUGGAGGGAAAGCAGCCAACCCUAGCUGUACUUCUAUCCUCAUGGACUCUGACUGUGAAGAAGAGCCCAGCAGAAAGGUGAUUGCAAGCCGCAAGCGACGCUUCAGCAGCUGCCUGCCUGACGAUGAUGACCGACUGGAAGAGCGAGGAACACCAAUGGAUUCAGCAGACUUCAGUGGCAUAAAUGAUGAUGAAAUGCUGGCAGCCGUGCUGGAGAUGAGUCGUCAAGAGGCUGGGCUCUCAGCUCCACCCCCCAUGGAGGAUGAACCAACCAGCAGCCCCGACACAGGCUUUGGGGACACAGAUACCCAUGACCUGGCCUAUCAUACAGAUCUGCUGGAAACAGACAGCAAACAGCCCGCAGAUGUGCUGGAUUCCCUGGACUUGACCAUGGAUGAGAACAAGGAGAACCAGACUCCAGAGAGCGUGCAGCAGCAGGGGGAACUGGACUGGGUGCAGCAGUACAAUCUGGACCAGGAGAGGGAAGAGCAGGAGCUACAACAGGCUCUCGCCCAGAGCCUCCAGGAGCAUGAGGCCCAAGAGAUGAGAGAGGAUGAUGAUCUGAAGAGGGCCACUGAGCUCAGUUUACAAGAGUUUAACAACUCUCUGCCUGAGCUGCUGUGCUCAGAUGAUGAUUCUGGCAACGAGGAUGUGUUGGACAUGGAAUACACUGAAGCAGAAGCAGAGAGCCUGAAGAAGAAUGCUGAGAGUGGAGACCUGCCCAACUCCUUCAGACUCAUCAGUGUCGUCAGUCACAUUGGGAGCAGCUCCUCCUCUGGCCAUUACAUCAGUGACGUGUACGACAUGAAGAAGCAGUCAUGGCUGACCUACAAUGAUCUGGAUGUGUCGCGCACACAGGAAGCAGCCGUCCAGCGAGACCGUGACCGCAGUGGAUACAUCUUCUUCUACAUGCACAAGGAUGUGUUUGAGCAGCUGUCUGAAAUGGAGAGAUCUGGAGCCAGCACCACUUCUGAGGCAGGAAGGAACGUCCUGCAGCCCCUCUGAGUGCAUCCACAUCCACAUGAGCAUAUCCACGGUUGAACUCUAGUAGAUGGAGCUCUCUUCUGAACAACCUCGAGAACUACUGAUUGCCGUCCUUCUUUGGUCGUCUUCAGGCACUUCUUUUCCUCUACAGAGCACUAAACGCCCUGCUAAAAUAGCACCUGUAAAUGCCAACACAGGUGCUGAACUGUCAAGACUCUUUUAAGAUACCAGAAAUGCAGUUAAAAAUGUUCAGUGGAUCAAAUUUUGCCUCCAUGUGUUUUGGGGCUGGAGUUUUUCUUUGCUAUGAUUUUUAUCAAACAACUGUUUUUGUAAAGUUUUUUUCUUUGUUUCUUGAUGAUCUUUCAACUUAAAUGCCAUUCAUUCAGACUUUCACUUAAGAUCAACUAUCAAACACCAGAUACUAGUGGUGCUUCAUGGAUUGUAUGUUUUGCAGACCCUUUAUUUCCCCAUAUGAACUAAAUAAAGAUAUAUUCUAUGUUGGAGUAUAAGCUAUUAUAGAGUUAGAGGGGUGUUGUAUUUAGCGGGUACAUUUGGUGCAAUAUUUAUGUUGUGGCACAAACUGGCCAAUUCAAAUCAGCUUUCUGUCACUGUGUGGAUGUUUUCCAGUUGCUUUUUGUGCUUGACUUAAGAACUAAUUUGUGUGUGUGUGGUUGUCUCCAUAUUAUAGAUUUAAAAAAUAAUCUUAAUAACAAAGCCUGUUCAUACUGAGCUUUUCUCAGUAAAGCCUACUUUCUUCUUUUGGGAUUCUGACUUUGUGCCUCCCAAGAAAACUUUUUAUAAAUAUGUAUACAAGCUUUACUUUCAAAGUUGCACAACCUUGUUGUUUUUGAAUGUUUGUCAAACCUCAACAGUGUGUUUAAGUCAGAUUUUCCUUUAUAAAAAGCCAACAGAUUUUCUAUUUAUUGCAACAUUGGGUUGAUUAACGUUAAUUAACCCAUCAUGAUACGCCACGGCAAAUAGAAGUAAUUUAUACUAGACCACCAGGGAAGCUAGCUAUAAACUCACCAUCUAAGGCCAGUAUACAGUACUUGACACAUUAGACCUUUCCUAAACCUGUUCAGCUAGGUCCUAUCAGGCGUGUUUGCUUGUAGAGUCGAACAGAUCGAAGUAUUUUGUUAUUCCUGUACUGUUCCAAUGCUAGACAUCGGUUGUACGGCUUGUUUUUUUUUUUUUGGUUACCACUGUAAAAAUGAAAUCACACUUCUGUACACCAAUGGUCAUGCACAACAUGCAAAUGUGUCUGCAGGACAUUUUCAGACCACAUCAAAUGAUUUCCUCAACUCCCCUAACAAGAGAAGAAAAUCUGAAUAAUAAAGCAUUAUAAAACAUGGGUCAUAAUAAUAGGUAUGAUAUUCUUGAUACACCAUAUAUAGCCAUAUUUAUAGUUGGAUUUUAAGGUGUGCAUUAUUAUUAGCUGACUCCUUGAAGUACAGUAUUCUGUUGCACCAUGAACAUAGACCUGGUUGUGACAGCAGGCAGAAGUUGCUCACACAUUGGUUCUUUUUCAUGUCAGCCUUGAAUUAACAUUUCUUGAACAUCCUGUCCCAAAUGCAGCGUAAAGAGAGUAAAAUGUAUUUGUGAAGUAAAGAUGAACAGCUUUUUCUACCCUUCAUACACAACUGACUCUUCCUAAAGCAGAUUUUAAUAAAAUAUUACAGUGAAA